AUGCAUUUCAGUUUAAAAACGUUGGCUACGCUGGCCGUAGCUUCCGCCCCUUUCUUUUCAAAUGUUGUCAACGCUGCAGUCGUUUAUGUUACACCCCAAGCUGUCGUCGAGUAUGUCAGUGAAGAGUCUCCAGCAGAAUACUAUGUUACUGUCACUGCUCCUGUUGUAUAUCAAGUCGUCCAGAAAACUGUCCAAGAAACAGAAAUCAUUUACACAGCAAAAACAGUUCGCGUUACUGCUCCGCAAACAACUGUUGUUACAACUAUUACCUACGUUGAACCAAAUAAGGUUGAGCCUGCUAAGACCAAACUUCAAGACAAUAUUUUCCUCAGUUCAAUCCAUGCAUCCAGCUACUCUCUCCCUAAAGCCGUUUACCCAAUUGUCACCUCUCUUAGUGAAGCUGCUGGAACCCCUUCAACUUCACCUAGCUCUACUUUAGUAUCUUCUCCCUCUGAUACUAGCGUCUACACUACCCCAGUCUUUGCGCUUGCCAAUCCUACUGCCACCUCACAAGAUUCUUCAACAGCGAGUUUUAUCCCUCAAGUUACUAGCAGUGCUGUCGUUAGCUCAGAGAUCUCUAGCUCUGUUGUCUCCAGCAUUGCACCUUCUAGCUCUGUAAUUGCAACUUCUGUUGCAUUUUCCCCCGUUGUCUCCAGUUCUGUUGAAUCAACUAGUGUUGUUGCCUCUUCAGUGUCUUACAGCUCCCCAGCUGCCAGCUCUGUAGUUGCAACUUCUGUUUCAACCAGUCCUGUCGUCUCUAGCUCUGCUACCGUCCUUUCUCAGUCCGGACAAGCAAGCUCCAGCAGCGAGCAACCAGCCCAAUCUACUUCCCUUAGUCCUGCUCUUUCGUCUCUUGUCCCCGGUGGAUACUUUUCAAAUCAGGACAUCUUCCAGUCUAUUUCAGUCAACUCUCCUCCCUCCGUUUUUGCUCGAAACAAAUUGACCUCUGUCACUCUCCCUGGCGGAGUUGAUAGCUCUGGUCCUAUCCACACAAACAAGUUCUAUUCAAAUAUGAUUAUUGAUGAUCAGACCCAGCCAGUCUACUGUUUACCAUACAAGGUUUCUUAUACCAAAAACACUGAUUUCCAAGGUCUUGCUGUUUCUUAUACCAGCUCUAGUCAAAGAGUAUUUGGUCCUACUAACUCAAAGACUAAUGCUGCUGAGUACUUUGUCAAUCCUGUCGGUUACAACUCAUUUGUCAUCGGAGCUAGCCAGUUCACCAAGGACAAUAUGUCACUCAAGGUUACCAACAUGGAUACGCUUUCUGCUCUCUCCAGUAUUGUCAGUGGUAACGGCAAGAUUGAUUUCCCUCUUGCUCAAGGAAUGGGUUUUGUCACGGCUAUUUAUAAUGGUCAACUUACACCCAAGAUUCAAAGUCCUCUUGGCAUCAAGACAGUUGCCAAGCUAAAACACAGCGUUCGCGAUGACAUGAAAAAGUAUAAGGUUAUUUUGGGUAACGAUGCUACCUGGGUCAUUUAUGUUACUCUUCCUAAUUCUAGUAGCACUUUUGACUUCACUGUUGAUGGGAACACCAAUAGCAUUAUCGGUACCAAUAACGAUGCUGUUACCAUUCAGAUUGCCAACGAACCUAAUCCAAACACAGACAAAACUGUUUAUGAUGCUGCUGCCGGCAAGUACAUCACUGGUGCUUCUCUUUACGGAUCUUUAGUUAGCGACAACGUUGCCAACCACGGUAUCAACUAUGUUUCUGAAGGAAAAUCUACUAGCGGUUAUCCUCUUGUCUUUGCUCUUCCUCACCAUGUUCAAGGAUUUGUUUCUUCCAUGGCUAGCAAGACGGCCAAUAUCAGCAUUGAUUCCACCACCAAGGGUUCAAUGACUGGGUAUUUGACUAACUCUUUUGAUUUCACCGAUACUCUUCCUCGUCAAGUUAUGUUCCUUCCCUGGACCCAAUCUUCUGCUUUUGGAAAGGGUCUUUCUUAUUCUGCCAAUUCUCUCCGUCUUAUCGCUGCUGCUGCAAAUGCAGAGCUCAAGCAAGAUAUGGCUGCUCAGAUUAUGGGUGAUUCAACUUACUUCAAUGGCAAGGGUUUGGACAAGUUUGCAUAUAUUCUUCUUGUUGUUCAUGAGAUUCUUCAGGAUCAGAAUGCUACCAAAGUUACACUUGAUAGAAUGAAGGGAAUGUUUAGCAACUUUACCAAUAACAAGCAAAUGUACCCUCUGUUCUAUGACACAUUGUACCAUGGUAUCACUUCUUCUGCUUCUCUUAAAAACAAUGAUAAUAAUGCUGAUUUUGGUUCUCCACUUUACAGUGACCAUCACUUCCACUAUGGCUACUUUAUUCACGCUGCUGCUGUUGUUGGAUACGUUGACAAGUACUUUGGUGGUAACUGGGCCAAUGAAAAUAAAGAUUGGGUCAAUUCUCUUAUCCGUGAUGUUGCUAAUCCUUCUAAAAGUGAUUCAUACUUUCCUGUUUCCCGAUACUUUGAUUGGUAUAGUGGUCACUCUUGGGCCAAGGGUUUGUUUGCAAGUGCCGAUGGUAAAGAUCAGGAGUCUAGUUCUGAAGAUUAUAACUUUGCUUACGGCAUGAAGCUUUGGGGUAGAGUUAUUAAUGAUCAGUCAAUGGAGGCUCGUGGUGACUUGAUGCUUGCUGUUAUGAAACGUUCUAUGGGCGAUUACUAUUUGAUGCAAAAUGAUAAUUCUGUUCAGCCCGGUACCUUUAUUGGCAAUAAGAUUCCUGGUAUUACUUUUGAGAACAAGCUUCAUCACACUACUUACUUUGGUGGGAACUUGGAAUACAUUCAGGGUAUCCAUAUGCUUCCUAUUACUCCUAUUUCUUCCUACUUCCGUACUCCCACGUUUGUUCAGCAAGAGUGGGAUCAAUUGUUGAGUAGUGUUGUGCCUUCCCUCAAUUCUGGUUGGUUAGGUAUUUUGAGACUUAACCAGGCUUUGUUUGACCCAAAAUCUGCCUACAACUUUUUUUCAGACAAUAACUUCCAAACGUCUAAUCUUGAUGGAGGUGCUAGUUUGACUUGGUGCUUAGCGUUCACUGCUGGUGUUGGUGGCUCGCAAGCAUAA